AUGCACGGCCCGUCCCAUCCGCCGGCCACCACCUACACAGGCACCUACCGCCGCCGCACUCAUCCAACCACCGACAAUCGCCGUCUUCACUGUCCCGCCGACCACCUCUACCAACUCCACCCUCUCUCCCUGCACACACAGACACAAAUACACACAGUACCAUCCCCGCCUGACCGUCACCAUCCAACACCGUCGACCGCCAUCCAACCCAACCCGGCUCCGCCAUUCCCCGACUUAUCUGGCGACCGCAACUCCAUCGCCGCACAUGGCGCUCGUCAGGGGCCACUCCGCCCGCCGGAAAAUCUCAUCUUGUCCCUUACCCUGCUCCAAUCAACGCCGCCCUCUACCUCUGGAGGCCGAAAUCCGGCCGCCCACGGAGAAACUCACCGACGCCGCCGUUGA